AAACUAAACUCCAACGUACCCAACACCUUAGUGAGGAAAGCACAACUAAUCAACCAUGGCCACCCUUAUUGCUCCCACCAGCUUUUCACCUGGUGCAGAUGCAGAAGCUCUUCGAAAAGCUUUCCAAGGAUGGGGGACUGAUGAGAAAACCGUUAUUGCAAUAUUGGGUCACAGAAAUGUUUAUCAGAGGCAACAAAUCAGAAAGUCUUAUGAGGAAAUUUACCAAGAAGACCUCAUCAAACGCCUAGAGUCUGAGCUCUCUGGAGACUUUGAGAGAGCUGUGUACCGUUGGAUGCUGGAACAUGCAGAUCGUGAUGCUGUUUUGGCCAACGUGGCCAUCAAGAGUGGCAGCAAAGGUUACCAUGUGAUUGUGGAAAUUGCUUGUGUGCUUUCCCCUGAAGAGGUUUUGGCUGUGAGGCGUGCCUAUCACAACCGUUACAAGAGAUCUUUGGAAGAAGAUAUAGCCACUAAUACCACUGGCCAUCUUCGCCAGCUGUUGGUUGGGUUGGUGACCUCAUUUAGGUAUGGUGGUGAUGAGAUCAAUGCUAAAUUGGCAAAAAGUGAAGCUGAUAUUCUUCAUGAAUCUGUCAAGGAGAAAAAGGGUAAUCAUGAAGAAGCCAUUAGGAUCCUUACUACAAGGAGCAAGACCCAACUUAUGGCAACUUUCAACUGCUACAGAGAUGACCAUGGCACUUCCAUAACCAAGAAACUGUUGGAUAAUGCAUCUGAUGAUUUCCACAAGGCAUUGCACACUGCCAUUAGAUGUCUCAAUGACCACAAUAAGUACUAUGAAAAGGUUUUGCGCAAUGCCAUCAAAAGGGUUGGAACUGAUGAGGAUGCAAUCACCCGUGUGGUGGUCUCAAGGGCUGAGAAAGACAUGAAGCACAUCAAAGAGGUGUAUUAUAAGAGAAACAGUGUUCACCUUGAGGAUGCAUUGGCCAAGGAAAUCUCAGGGGAUUACAAGAAAUUCAUCCUCACUUUGUUGGGCAAGAAAGAUUGAAGUUUUUGCUCUAUGCUCUAGCCAGGGACAUUUCUUGUUUUUGGACUAUCUUGGUUUCUUGUGCUGUGAUGAGUAUGCCCUAGGAGUCAUGAAUCUAUUAUCUAUUAUCUUUGUUGUGUGAGACAAUAAUGUGUACUAUUUUAAAUUACUAUUUUGUCAUGUUUGAUAUGUAUAAUAAACUUUAUAUAUAUUUGUACUGUUCAAAAA